AUGGCCACAUCCUGCCACUAUCAAAGCAAGAAGGGCUACGAGAUCCAAUACAAGCUCAGUGGCUCACAAAAAGGGCGCUUGCUUGUCCUGUUGCAUGGGCUCGGCGGCUCGAACGACACAUUCGUUCCAUUGAUACCACAUCUCCCGCUUUCGAGCUACAAAAUCGUCGCAGUUGACUUCCUUGGUUUUGGUAAUUCGCAGCUCCAGGACUCGAGUAUCCCAUUAUCGGUCGCCGGAUAUGUCUCCGACUUGGACGAUCUCAUCACAUCUCUACAAAGUACUGGCAGCGACACAAGCCCAACCAACAAACCCGAAGCCGUCGUCAUCGUUGGACAUAGUCUCGGCUCCAUUGUCGCACUCCACUAUGCUGCCAGUCGACCCGACAAUGUCGCUGGCCUCGGCCUCAUUGGUGUGGGCCGAUCAGCCUCGCACAUCCCUGCAGUCAAAGAUCGCAUGUACGCACUAGCGGGUACAGUGCGCACACAGGGAAUAGAUGCCGCUGCUCGACUUGCCAUGCAAACCAACUUUCCACCAGGAUCAGACACUCCCGACGCUGACCGAGAAGAAGUACGUCGAGCCGUUGCAACUAGCGAUCCAGAAGGUUACGCACAGGUCUGCGAGGCGAUGGUCAACCCGAGACACAAAGAUCCAAAUUACUCGGAGAUAAUGUGUCCAGCUGUCUUUGUCAGUGGCGAAGGUGACACCAUCAGUCCUCCUGCUCGAGCCACGGAGCUCGCGCCAUUGCUCGGAGGCCGGUCAAAAAUCUUCGUCGUCAAGGGUGGUCACCAGCCAAUUAUCAGCGACGUAGAUGGGACCCGUAAUGCUCUCGGCGAGCUCUUCUGGGCCAUUGAUGCUUAA